AGCAGCAGCACAUCCGCCAUCGUCGCCGGCGGCGCGAGCGGAUCACACGUGCUCAGGAUCGAUGGCUACUCGCGAACCAGGGCCUUGCUGGAGAACGGCCGCUUCACGAGUUCUUCCGCUUUCAGCGUCGGAGGUUACAACUGGACGAUCAAGUACUUCCCCAACGGCUCCAAGACCACCCGCGGCUACCUGUCAAUCUAUCUCGUCCUCGACUCCGCCGGCGCCAAGGACGUCAAGGCGCAGUUCAGCUUCGGCCUCGUCGGCGGCGACGGAAUAAUCCCGGUGCCAUCGUACGUCUCCAGAUGCAGCGUUGCCACCUUCCCGUGCAGAGGUGCGGACUGGGGCUUCACCAAGUUCAUCAAGCACGACGAGCUGGAGGAGUCGGAGCACCUGAUAGACGACUCCUUCGCCGUCCGGUGCGACCUCACCGUGCUGAAGGAGAAGGAAAUCCGGCUGGAAGAGACGAGGAUUCUUCAGCGCAAGAAGUUCGUGGCGGUUCCUCCGCCCAACCUGGGCCAGCAGCUGGGAGAGAUUCUCAAGAACAUGGACGGCGCCGACGUGGUGUUCGAGGUCGGAGACGAGAGGUUCUCCGCCCACACGUGCGUGCUCGCCGCCCGGUCGUCCGUCUUCAAGGCGGAGCUCCUGGGCGCCAUGAGCGGCGGCAGCUUGCGUAGGCCUCUCAGGAUCGAGGACAUGGAGCCUGCCGUGUUCAGGCGCCUGCUGCAUUUCAUGUACACCGACUCGCUGUCGCUGCCCUCCGCGGCGGCGGGCCAAGACGAGCUCGCCGUCGCCGACGUGGUGAUGGCGCAGCAUCUCCUCGUCGCGGCGGACCGGUACAACGUGGAGAGGCUGAAGCUGAUGUGCGAGGAGAGGCUGGCCGAGAGCGUGGGCUCCUGCAUGGUGGCCACCGUCUUGGCCCUGGCUGAGCAGCACAGCUGCCAUGGGCUCAAGGAAGCCUGCUUCGAGUUCCUUGCUUCUCGUCCCAACCUGCUGGAGAUGAUGGCGAGUGAUGGGUAUGAGCAUCUCAAGAGCAGCUGCCCAUCUGUCCUCAUGGAGCUUACUGCCAGAUUUCUUCCACCCGAACCCAAAAAGAAGUGA